CAGCAUGUAAGCAAAUAUGACUCACCCGCCCCACCAGAAUAUCCGAACCCCACCAGAGCAGAAUUGUAAAUAACACAGCCGAGAUUAGUUUUGUGUUGCCCUUCUGUGACAGAGCCAAGGUCUUCCUGGUCUUUUCAGAUGAUUGGGAUGUUGUUAGUUCUUAUUAUUUUAUUACUUCUGCCAUUAUUACUGUGGAGGAGAACUAAGUUUUAUUGGGAGAAGCGCAAAAUUCCUUACGUUCCACCAACUUUCCCAUUUGGGAACAUAAAAGAUAUUAUUUUUAUGCAUAAAACACUUGGUGAAGUGUAUGAUGAAAUAUACUGGAAGUUUAAAGAUCUACCUUAUGGUGGAAUGUAUCGUUUCAUCAGUCCGUCGAUUAUGCUCAGAGAUCCAGAGCUCAUAAAAGCAGUUUUUGUGAAAGAAUUCAACUCUUUCCAGGGGAACGAUUGGUAUGUGGAUCCAAAGCUGGAACCGAUACUUGGUCUCAAUCCUUUCAACCUUGUAGGAUCUGAGUGGACCCGAUCGAGAAUGGCAGUCACAUCUUCACUCACACUAUGCAAAAUUAAAGGAAUGAUGCCACAAAUAUACUUUAUUUGUGACAAUUUAAAAGCUUAUCUAGAACUAAAUCAAAAUGAGUUUUUAGAGGGUUACGAUGUGUUUGGCAAAUACACUACUGAUAUUAUAGCUAGUUGUGCGUUUGGUUUGGACAGUCAAUCUUUUACAGAUUCCAAAUCAAAACUGAGAGAAGUGUCGAGUAAAAUGUUUAAUACUGGAAUAAAAGGCAAUUUGGCCCUUUUCUGUGCACUUUACAUGAAAAAGUUGGGCCGUUUAUUAAAAUUUAAAAUUUUUUCGGAUGAGAUCAACGAUUAUUUUGUUGCAAUAAUAAAAGAAGCUUCAGAUUAUCGUAUAAAAAAUGGUAUUUCGAGAAAUGAUUUUCUGCAGAUGCUGAUUGAUGCAAAUUUAGAACAUCUACAACAAGGAAAAGGCCCAUUAUACAACUACCAGGAAAUGGCUGCACACUGUAUGACAUUUUUCCUUGAUGGAUUUGAAACUACGUCUAUUUUUUUGGCAUUCAUCGUACAUGAGAUUUCAUUGAAUCCGAAGGUACAAACAACUCUGAGAAAUGAAAUUCAAACAGUCGGACUGAAGAUAAGAGACUUUGAUUUUGAAAAAUUAAAUGGACUCAAUUAUUUGGACAUGGUUUUAAAAGAAACAUUAAGGAAACAUCCUCCCGGGACAACAAUGGCAAGGCUUUGUAAUAAAUCGGUUGUUUUAACUAAUCCAAAGCGAAAUAUAAGCCUUCAUAUUGAAGAAGGGAUGUCUGUCACUCUUCCGAUGUACUCUCUGCACAAUGAUCCAGAAUAUUUUCCAAAUCCUGAAAUAUUUGAUCCUCUGAGAUUCACAAAAGAAAACAUAGCAAAAAGGCCUGAAUUCUGUUAUUUUCCUUUUGGUGGAGGACCAAGAUCGUGUCCAGGCUAUAAAUUUGCGUAUACUAUGAUAAAAUUGGCAGUUGUCAUAACAGUACUUCAUUUCAACUUGGAAUCUAAAGACAAUGUACAUACUAAACUGGAGCUUAACCCGUUGAACACAUUCUUCCAUUCGGCCAAGGAUGGCUUGUGGGUACGUUACACCUCAUUAAAAACCAAAUCUGAUGAAGAUGUUUAACUAUUAUCAAAAAAGUCAUAUUAUAUUUUAUAAACAAAACUUCAUUUCUCUCCAAUGAAACUACCACAAUAAAUAACUUUAUAUUAA